AUGAUUCAUGCAGCUCUUGUGAUGAGUGCAGAAGAGUCGAAGUUCCUCAAAGCAGAGUUCACUGUUCAGGAGGCAGAUGCUGUGGUACAGGGGGCUCCUAAGUGGAUGUCUUGCUGGGCCAGCUUGGCUGACAGCUAUACAGAAUCAGGGCCUUCAUCUGGCCUCUUUAACAUGCCUUCCCAGAUGGAGCCGUCAGGAGGGGACCGUGCUACCAUUAUCCACAAAAACACAGUCAGUCAACUUAAGGACAAUUUGGAUGCAGAUAGUUCAAGGCCCCGACGCAUCCUUCCACCCGUACCACACGGAGACAGGAGUGACAUUCAGACUCCCAGCAUUCAUGUUCACUAUAACCCCAACACUACAUUUGAUGUGGAGAACAGUAUAUCAACAGCCCCCAGGCCUGAUGACGGCAUUCAUAGAUUAACAGUACAGGAUGAUGUGGAGCCUGACAGCCUGAGCGACGCCAGUAAAUCAGAUGACGGAUCCAUCGUAGAGCAGACUGGCAGACCGCUAUCUGAUGCAGAGGAGAAGCAAAAUGAGGAGCAGCCCAGCCUUUCUUUGAAGUCCACAUCUUUUUAUAUUGGGUCAGAGGAGGAAUCCAAGCUCCAAUGUGGAGUCUUUAAAAUGGCUACUCCUAAAGUGGAAAAGAAGUCUGUCUCUAGAAUAUUUUCAUCAGCCACGCUGACCAAGCAAAAAGGCAUUCAGAGCUCUGGUAUGAAGUUCACUGCUUCUGCUCCCAUAUUGGACCAAAGGACUGAGAGUCCAGAGGGUAAAGAACCUGCAGCUCCCUCACUGAUCAGACAGGAGAGCUUCACCAAGGAGAGGCCAAGUAAUGCUAGGCUGCCAAACAUCUCUAGCCUGCCUGUUCAAAGAGACUCAGACUCUGGGCUGUUCCAGGGGAGCAGCAGUCAGGACACUCACUCUUACCUCAGACAGACAGAGGAUGCUUUGGCUGUUCUGGAGGCGAAACUCCAAGCAGCUCCACCGGUGACAACGCCUUCCCCCAUGAUGGAUUCUCUUUCUGGUGACUCUGAUGUGGAUACUUCCAGUACUGUCAGCCAACACAGCAGUAAGGCCAAAGCACACACUCUAGUGAAAAAGACAUCUGGUGGUAAUCUUCAUAGAGACAGGACUAAUACUGACUCUUCUAAUCAAGAAAUAAAUGUCCAGACUGAAAAGCAGCGUUCUUAUGGUUCCAGCAGUGAAAACAAGGCAGAACCCGUCAGGAGGCACAGUGGAGUGAGACGUAGCGUAGGUAAGUCCUACUCCACAGACCUGAGUGAUGACCACCAGAGCUUACCUUACUCUGAUCAGGAAAGCAGGAACGCCCCAGCCAGCAGAAAAUACAUUGUGCCACUUAAGAAGGAGGACAGCAAGUCGUCCAAAGUGGCCCAGGUGUUGAGCCGGGCCAACAGCUUGUCAGCUCCAAGACCCACGAGGGCCUCCAUGCUCCGACGGGCUCGUCUGGGAGAGUCAGACAAUGAGGGCACAGAGACCGAUAGGUUAGCCCAAGAGGUGAAUAACCCUGCCGCAAAGCAGACGCAGGAAGCCAAGAAGCUUUCUAGACUGGAUAUGCUGGCCAUGCCUCGUAAGCGUGCAGGCUCGUUCAACACGCCGAGUGACACAGAAAGUUCUUCCAGGAGCACGAGCUUUUCCACCCGCAGCAUCGAUCCCGGCAGCAGCUCCAAUCAGCGCAUGUCUACUCCAGGAACCAAACCAGGGGAGAGGCCACAGAAGCCAGCGCUCAACAAAACCCCAGUUACUCGCUCACGCUCUAGCAGCGCCAAAUACGCCAGCAGCACAGCAAGUAAGUGGAUUUUAAUUAGAGGAUGCCCAGUUUAACUAAACGAGUAUAGACUUUGAUAUGGCUAAUCGUAACAUUAAAAAAAAGUUUAAAAAGCUUAAUGGAGAAAACAAAAAUAUCAAUAUUUGGACAUUAUUCCCAUUCUAAUUUUCU